UUCUUUUUCUUGCACAAAAAUACAAUACAAAACAAAACAGAGCAAAGAGAGAGUGUGUGAAAAGUGAAACAAAAAACAGAACAACAAUGGCGACACUUAAGGUUCCUCAGCCUCUUCCCCCCGUUGCAGAUGAUUGUGAGCAGCUCCGAAAAGCCUUCUCAGGUUGGGGAACUAACGAGGAGCUGAUUGUAUCGAUCUUGGCUCAUAGGAAUGCUGCUCAGAGGAAGCUUAUCAGAGAAACUUAUGCCCAGACCUAUGGAGAAGAUCUCCUCAAGGCCUUGGACAAAGAACUCACGAGUGAUUUUGAGAGGCUGGUUCAUCUUUGGACACUUGAUUCUGCUGAACGUGAUGCAUUUUUGGCAAACGAGGCGACUAAAAAAUGGACUUCAAGCAAUCAGGUUCUGGUGGAAAUAGCCUGCACUAGGUCCUCUGAACAAUUGUUUGCUGCGAGGAAGGCUUACCAUGUUCUUUAUAAGAAGUCUCUGGAGGAGGAUGUUGCUCAUCACACAACAGGAGACUUCCGUAAGCUCAUACUACCUCUGGUUAGUUCUUAUCGAUAUGAAGGAGAUGAGGUCAACUUGACCCUGGCAAAAACUGAGGCAAAAUUGCUGCAUGAGAAGAUUUCAAACAAGGCUUAUAAUGAUGACGACUUCAUCAGGAUUUUGGCCACAAGGAGCAGAGCACAGAUUAAUGCUACUUUGAAUCACUACAAAGAUGCAUUUGGACAAGAUAUCAACAAGGACCUGAAGGCUGAUCCAAAGGACGAGUUCCUGUCUUUACUAAGAGCAACUGUGAAGUGCUUGAUCCGUCCCGAGAAGUACUUCGAGAAGGUUGUUCGCUUGGCGAUCAACAAGCGAGGAACCGAUGAAGGAGCCCUUACAAGAGUGGUGGCCACAAGGGCUGAGGUUGAUUUGAAAAACAUAGCAGAUGAGUAUCAAAGGAGGAGCAGUGUCCCUCUUGAACGUGCUAUUGUUAAGGACACCACCGGUGACUAUGAGAAAAUGCUUGUGGCGCUUUUAGGACAUGAUGAUGCUUGACAUACUCCUUUGUGUUUGUGUGUGUGUACUUGUGGCAGAGGUACUAUAUAGUGUGCAGUGUACUGCUUUGUGGUUCCAUGUUGUUGUGUUUUCUGGCCAUUAUUGUCUUCCUUUGUUGAAUAAAAUGAACCACUUUGGCACACUUUGGUGGGUUUUUGAAGCCCCUAGAAUUGAUUGAGUGUCAAACAUAAAUGGAAUCCUGCAAUAUAUAUGUGGUUCAGAUUUUGUAAAUCACUAGUGACUUUAGGGUCACUUUUCUGAAGUUAAAUAUAUAUAGAGAGACAAAUAAGUUUGGUUCGCUUCUUAAA